UGUAAAACCGCUUCCCUCUGUUCACUGCCUUCUCUAUCUCUACCAUCCGAUCCGGUUGUUGAGGUUGUUGAUGUGUCGGUAUAGCAGUAGGCAUUUUACAUUGAAGAAAGUUUAAUUCAAGUGCACAACACAUUAAGCUUCAAAAUGGAAGGAUCUCUUUUGGAACCAACAUUGUAUGUUGUCAAAGGUAUGGCAAUAUUGGAUAAUGAUGGUCAUAGAGUCCUAGCAAAAUACUAUGACAAAAAUAUAUUCCCAACUGCCAAAGAACAGAAAGCAUUUGAAAAGAAUCUGUUUAACAAAACUCACCGAGCCAGUGCAGAAAUUAUUAUGCUUGAUGGUCUGACAUGCGUGUAUCGCAGCAAUGUUGAUCUGUUCUUUUAUGUUAUGGGUAGUUCACAUGAAAAUGAGUUGAUCCUUAUGACUGCACUCAACUGCCUCUUUGAUUCAGUAAGUGCCAUCUUACGGAAGAAUGUGGAAAAGAGAGCUCUAUUUGAAAACCUUGACAUAGUAAUGCUUGCCAUGGAUGAAAUUUGUGAUGGAGGAAUCAUCAUGGAGGCAGACUUUAAUGCAGUUGUACAAAGAGUAGCAUUAAGAACGGAUGACAUUCCCCUAGGAGAACAAACUGUUGCUCAGGUAUUACAGUCUGCCAAGGAACAACUGAAAUGGUCCCUACUGAAGUAAGAGAAACGUUUUAUGCAUAAUUCAUUUCCGUAUUAUACCCAAAAAUAAUUCCCAAAAUAUUUGAGUAUAGUGUCAUUAUAUGUGAAAAAAAUUUAUUAUAAAUUACAUUAAAACCAUACAAUUUCAAAAUUUGAAAA